AUAAUACGUGCAUUCAAGAUACAUGUACAGCGUACAUACAGUGUAACGUAUUGAGAUUAACGGCCAAGCGCAAGUUAGACGGAUCCUUGGAAUUAUUUAUCGAAAAAGUGCAUUACUGAAAGAAGAGGAAGAUUACUUAGUAAGACUAGACAUGUCAGGAAGCAUGUCACCCCAGAGGGGUACCAUGACCCUCAAAUGGGACCCCAAGAACCUGGAGAUUCGCACCUAUUCAGUCGAGAAGACUUUGGAGCCGUUGGUUACACAGGUAACCACACUAGUCAACACCAAGCCAUCCAAGAUGAAGAAAGGUCGAUCUAAGAAGGCUCAUGUCUUGGUGGCUGCUGUGAUCAAGGCUACAGAGAAGUUCAUAGAGAAAGGAGAGGAGAUUGCUCAUGAGAUACCAGAUAUUGAAAGGGAGAUGCUACAAGCAGUGGAGGAAGUCAGGAGCACCGGUGAAGAGAUGCGUGUAGCAUCCAGUGAGUUUGCUGAAGAUCCAUGUUCAUCUGUUAAACGAGGUUCCAUGGUGAGGGCUGCCCGUGCCUUACUAUCCGCUGUCACCAGACUUCUUAUCUUAGCUGAUAUGGUGGAUGUACAUCUUCUACUUCAAACUCUCAGAGUCGUUGAAGAUGACUUGGAUAAGAUCUUACGAUCUCAGAACCCGGAAGAUCUGAUGAGCAAUUUCAAACGCUUUGGACAAAACAUGAUGGAGUUCAACGACAUCUCUGGUCGCAGACAAAAUGAUCUGAAGGAUCCUCGACGUCGUGAUGAGAUGGCUGCUGCAAGGGCAGACCUCAGGAAACACAGCACUAUGCUCUUCACUGCUUCUAAAGCUUGGCUGAGGCAUCCUGACGUACCGGCAGCUCGAGAGAAUCGUGACUAUGUUGUCAAACAGCUUGAGGAUGCUAUGAAUGCUAUCUCUAAUGUUUCCCAAGCAACGGGAGAUUCCAGCGCCAAUCCUAACAUUGAAGGAUCGGGAGAACUUAUCGCAGCACUCGAUGAGUUAGAUAAAAAGAUCAAGAUGAGUCCCCUGGAGUACAAUGAGGUGCGUACACGCCCCUCUCUAGAGGAACGUCUUGAGAGUAUCAUCAGUGGUGCGGCGCUCAUGGCUGAUUCAUCAUGCACCAGGGAUGAUAGGAGAGAGAGGAUUGUAGCUGAGUGUAACAAUGUCAGACAGGCUCUGCAGGAUCUACUCUCAGAAUACAUGAAUUGUGCUGGAAGCAGAGACCGUAGUGAUCCGUUGGAUGAAGCUAUCGAGAGAAUGUGCAAGAAAACCAAAGAUCUACGCAGACAGCUCCGUAAAGCGGUGGUUGAUCAUGUGUCUGAUUCCUUCUUGGAGACCAACAUCCCUCUCCUUGUCCUGAUCGUAGCUGCUAAGAGCGGCAACGAAGCAGAGGUUGAGAAGUAUGCCAAGGUCUUCCAGGAACAUGCUAACAAACUGGUAGAGGUUGCCAAUUUGGCCUGUUCCAUGUCCAACAACGAGGAGGGAGUGAAGAUGGUUCGCAUGGCAGCAUCACAGAUUGAGAACCUAUGCCCUCAGGUGAUCAAUGCAGCUCGUAUCUUAGCUGCCAGACCUCGUAGCAAGGCUGCCCAGGAUAACAUGGAUGUAUUCAAAGAUCAAUGGGAGACACAGGUUCGUCUGCUAACAGAGGCAGUGGAUGAGAUCACUACCAUUGAUGACUUCUUGGCUGUUUCAGAGAGCCAUAUUUUGGAGGACGUGAAUCGUUGCGUGAUGGCGCUACACCAGGAGGAUCCUGAGACCUUAGACCUGACUGCUAACUCCGUCAAAGGCCGAUCAGCUCGUAUCUGCACUGUAGUCAACUCUGAGAUGUUAAACUAUGAAUCAGGACUCUACACAGACAAGGUCAAGGAAGCUGUCGCUAUUCUCAAGAAUGAAGUUAUCCCCCAUUUCUCUAACAUGGUUGAGAUAGCUGUAGUAGCUCUGAGCUCUCAGCCUCCUAAGGACACCGAGGAGAAUGAGUUUGUGGAUGCAUCUCGCAUGGUGUAUGACGGUGUGAGAGAAAUCAGGAGAGCAGUACUUAUGAAUAGGAAUCCAGAUGAGAUUGAGACCGACACUGAAGUGGACUACGAAGAGGAAUAUGAUGUCAAGAGCAAAUCGAGCUACCAGACCGAGCCUUAUGAGGAGGAAGAUGUCAAGGAAGGUCUUACAUCAAGGGCAAUGAUGAGAGAUCUACCUCCUGAGGAGAAGGAGAAGAUCAAGGAAGAAGUGGAGCUGUUCCGUCAAGAGAAGGCGAAACUAGAUCUGGAGAUGGCUAAAUGGGAUGAUAGUGGGAACGAUAUCAUCAUCUUAGCUAGACAGAUGUGUAUCAUCAUGAUGGAGAUGACAGACUUUACCCGUGGUAAGGGUAAGCUGAAGUCCACUAUGGAUGUGAUAAACGCUGCUAAGAGAAUCGCUGACACUGGUACCAAACUCGACAAACUAGCCAGACAGAUCGCUGAUCAGUGCCCAGACUCUUCGUCUAAAGAGGAUCUGCUCGCAUACCUUCAGCGUAUCGCCCUCUAUUGUCAUCAGUUGAACAUCACCAGUAAAGUCAAAGCUGAGAUUCAGAACAUCAGUGGAGAGUUGGUCCUGUCUGGGUUGGACAGUGCUACUUCUCUCAUCCAAGCUGCUAAGAACUUGAUGGGUUCUGUUGUGCAGACCGUUAAGGCUUCCUAUGUAGCAUCAACCAAGUUCAGGUCUAAGAUGAAGGCAGGUGGAACAACUGCUUCUCCUGUAGUCCUGUGGAAGAUGAAAGCACCAGAGAAGAAGCCUCUCGUCAGACGUGAGAUCCCGGAUGAGGUUCAUUCUAAGAUCAGGAAAGCUGCUAAGAAACGUGAAGUUAAUCCUGUACAGGCUCUAAGUGAAUUCAAGGAGAAAGGCCCAUUCUAAGUUACUAACACUAAAACAAAUCUAAUCAUAAUUAGAUCUCUCUCUCUCUACAAUGCUACCAAAGGAAAACUUUUCAGAUGGCCUUGCUAGAUAGCUGAUAUUUUCACAUAGACUGGUAUUCUGCUAAUUCAGUGAAACGUGACACAACUCUUUUUCUUAAAAGAUAUCAGUAAAUGAGGCUACUUUUGGCAGGUGACCUUUUGUUAAAAUAUCCCCAAACGCCACUUUUAUUUUGAUGUGAAUAAAUCUAGGACUGCUACAGUAUCUUCAAAUGAUGUAAGAUCAAAGCAAAAGGUAAUGCUGAUUACUUACAGACCAGUUACACUGUAUUUUAAAGAAUCUUUUCAAUAGUUGUUCUGAAUCGUUGAUUAGUAAGUAAAUGAGAACCUGUUUUUUAACCUGCAAAAUUAUACAUUGUAGGAAGAUGUCAAACUCUGAUGAAUAUUAUUAUUUAAGAAGAAAAAGAAAACACAGAUAUGUAGCUAUGGGACUAGUAAAUGUACUUAUUGUCCAAAAGAGCUCAGCCAAGAGCGAUCCUUCAGUUGUUAUAACAUGUAUUCAUUAUAACUAUUACCAGUACUCACUAUCACUUUUAAACUGUACCUAAGCAUACAAGAGUACUAAGCAUUGAUGUAAUGCAAAGAAAUCCAAACCAAAGCUACUUGCUAAACAAAUAUUCAUGUUUUUAAAUAGUCAGUUGAAGAUCAAAUGAAAGUGCUUGUUGAAUAAAAAAGCUGACAUAACCCUAUGAAGGAUUAGAGAAAUGUAGUUUGUCUUUUCCAUCAGCCUAAUUUAACAUAUACACUGUAAGUUGUUAUGGAGGUGAUGUAUAUGUAACUAGGUUAAUACAAACAGUCGUUUCUUAGCAGGUAAGCUUUCUAUUAUAGUAAGAUAAUGAUAUAAUUGUACAGCAGUAAAUGUAUGUAAUAAUACUAAAAUUCAUUCUUAAGAAUCAUAUUGCACUCAUGAACAUUCAUGCAUUUUGCAGUGCUGUAAAUGUUAUGUUUUAUUCUCUAAUUCAAUCAAGAUAUUGUUAUUUAUUUUAGUUAAAUGUUUAUUUAAAGUGUGUGUAGUCAUUAAGAUAAAGUGAUUGAAGCCUAUUCAUGUAUUCAAUAUAAAAUUUAAUUCUCUUCAUGCAUGUAUUCAUAAAUGUUAAGAAUGCUGUUGGAAAAAAAGCUUUUAAACAAAUUUAGGCUUUUGCUACCUUUUAAUUUGACCAACGAUGUCAGUUUGUAUGAUAUACUCAGUACUAGAGUAAGCUAUGGUCCAAUAUUAUACAGCUUCAUAGAAAUGCUUGCUUUUUAGUACUAAAUCUGUAAUUAGUACUUUUGUAAUUACCAAAAAAUUAUGUUGUUAAAAGUAUCUUACAAAUGGUUAGUCACUAGAAGGUCACAGUGAAGAAGUUUAAACUUUUUAAAAUUUCCAUUAGCUUAAAUUAUGCUUGUAUCUAAAAGUGAAGGUAAAUAGGCAUUAGCAUUGCUUGCAUGCUGUCGAUAAUAAUAAUGGUCAUUCAUACUGCGCUAUACACAAAGAAGUUCCAUUGCACUUACAAUGUAAAUACCAUAAGAAACAGACUACAACAAAACUUAUUGUUCGAAUUGAGGCAUGGUGUAUUGUUCUUAAUUGUUCUAAAACAUACACUGUGGGCCGCUAGAUUAUUUGCAAAUGAAAUCAAUGUUAUUUAUAUAUACUUCUAGUUCUACUCAAACAAUGUCUCAAUAUAUUACAGUCUACACAAUAACGGAAUGGAAUGCCUACAUAAUAUUUAGUGAUCAAAUAUAUUUGUAACAAAUUUCACUCUAGCAAUGUGAAAGGUUGUGUUUUUAUUUCUUUAUCAGUUUAGAUUAUGUAUAUAAGACAUAGAAUGGAGGGUGCUAGUGAUGGAGUUGGAUUUGGUAAUUAUAAAUCAGUCAGUGUGAAAUGAAAAAUCAAUUUGUAUUUGUGUUAUUUGGCGUUAUGAUACGUCUAGAUUGUGCCUUCAAGGAUACUGCUUCCUAAUGGAUAAGCAUUUUAGCCAGAGUAUCGAAAUGUAUCUUUAAGCCUCUUUUCAGUCAAUUUUUUAAAUGUUGAUUGCAGUUCUGAUGCAGUAAGCUUUUUCUUCCCUUGCAGAUUCUCGUAAUAGAAAGAUUAUCCCUUCAUAGAUAUUUAAUUGCACAUACAUUUGGUAUCAGUUUAUUCAUGUUAGAAUCACACAUGUUGCUUAAAAUGAUAGUCUUGCCAUGAAAAUGUGAUGAAAGUGAACUUCUGAUUAGAAAGAAAACAUGAAGCUUGGUUUUCUGAUAGUGUUUUUAUACGAGCUCAUAUGUUUGGUAUUGUCGCAGUUAAUUAUAGUAUUUUUUUCUGCAUAGGAAGAAAUACUGCAGCAGACUUUGAUCUUUUCCACCUCACGUACUUAGCAAUGUUUGCUUGGUUGUGACUUGUGAGAAGGUCAAAGUGUUGUAAGAUAUAACUGACUGAUUGCAGCAUAGAUCAAGUUUAACAUUCAUUAAUAGUAAUGUCCUGUAUUAUUAUCACGUUUUAAAUAGCUUUUUAAUCAUUCUUUGCUUUGUGUGUAUGUUUUGCAUUCCUUCACAAGUUCACACCGAGAGGCUUCGCGCUUUAAUCAGUGAUUUUGAUUUUUUUUUUUUUUUUUUUAAAGAUUGAGUUUGUUGUACAUAGACAGAAGUCCUUAUCUAAUAUUGCAUAGUUCUUCCACUACCAUCAGUAGGGUGUCCCUGAUAACAAGUUUGAUGUGACCACUCUGUUUUAUCAAAACACUGAAUACCUAAUUCACGGAUAAUAUGUUCUGAAAUAGUGAUAGUUGUAGCAUUGAGAUUUUAAUGUAUAGUAUGCUGAUAUUUGUUACUUAUUCUGAUAUUUAUUUAAGAAUUGGUGAGGGUUCGGUCUUAUGAUAUACAACCUAAAGAUUUUGUGAUUUACCAUGAGUUAAUUGAUUUGUAUUCAGUUGUUAUGUAUUCCUUAUUUCAUACUCUUUACUUUCUAUCUUAAACAUCAAGCUUUUUCAAUGCUUCUGCUAACAAAAUGAAUGAAAAAAUAAAUGUUUCAAAUUGCAUAAUUUCAUAUUCGA